UAAUCAUCUUUUUCCCCCCCUAUUUUUUAUUGUUAUUUUUAUUUUUUGUUCUACUUCUCUGCCACUCACACUAUAAGAUCUGACAGCCUUUCGAGAUUUUUCCUUUCAGAUCAUGAACAAACUAUAUGUUGGGAAUUUAAGUCCUUCGGUCACUGUCGAGGACUUGAAGCAGCUCUUUGGGGAGAGGAAGCUUCCAGUGGCCGAGCAGGUUCUGUUGAAAACCGGCUAUGCUUUUGUGGACUUCCCCGAUCAGAACUCGGCCAUAAAGGCUAUAGAGACUCUUUCUGGUAAAGUUGAAUUACAUGGAAAGGUGAUAGAGGUAGACUACUCUGUUCCCAAAAAACUAAGGAGUCGGAAGAUCCAGAUCCGGAACAUUCCCCCUCAUCUACAGUGGGAGGUUUUGGACGGCCUUCUAGCUCAGUAUGGUACUGUAGAGAACGUGGAACAAGUGAACACUGAUACAGAAACAGCAGUGGUGAAUGUUACAUACGCAACCAAGGAGGAAGCUAAAGUAGCCAUUGAGAAGCUGACAGGACACCAGUUCGACGACUACUCAUUCAAGGUGUCGUAUAUCAUGGACAUGGAUGCUGCUCCACCCGUCCAGGGUUCCCGUACACGGCGUGGAGGUCGAACAUCCCGGGACCAGGGCGCCUCUCAGCCUGGGCCGUCAGGAGGCUUCGGUUCACCACGCCCCAGGCAACACGACUUCCCCCUGCGUAUGCUCGUGCCUACUCAAUUUGUGGGAGCCAUCAUUGGCAAGGAAGGCCUCACCAUUAAGAAUGUCACCAAACAAACACAGUCCAAGGUGGAUAUUCACCGGAAGGAAAAUGCAGGUGCAGCAGAAAAACCCAUCACCAUUCACUCAACACCUGAGGGCUGCUCCUCUGCUUGUCGCAUGAUUCUGGACAUCAUGCAGAAGGAGGCCAAUGAGACCAAGACGACGGAGGAUAUCCCUCUGAAAAUCCUUGCCCACAACAGCCUUGUGGGUCGGCUGAUCGGGAAGGAGGGCCGCAACCUGAAGAAGAUUGAGGAGGAAACAGGGACCAAGAUAACCAUCUCCUCGUUACAAGACUUAACCAUUUACAACCCUGAGAGGACCAUUACGGUGAAGGGUAGCUUGGAGGCUUGUUGUAAAGCUGAGGCGGAGAUCAUGAAGAAGCUGAGGGAAGCCUACGAAAACGAUAUUGCUGCUAUAAAUCAACAGUCCAACCUGAUCCCAGGCUUGAACCUCAACUCUCUGGGCAUCUUCUCCUCUGGUCUGCCGGUGCUGCCCCCUGCUGCUGGACCACGUGGUGCAGUGCCCUCUGUGACAACAGCAGGAUACAACCCAUUCUUAAGUCACUCUUCACAUCUCAGUGGCCUGUAUGGGGUUUCUCCAGCAAGUGCCAUCCCCCACCAGCACUCACAACAGGCUCCAGAACAGGAGGUUGUCUACCUCUUUAUUCCAACUCAGGCAGUCGGGGCCCUGAUAGGCAAGAAGGGCCAGCACAUCAAACAACUUGCCCACUUUGCCGGAGCUUCCAUCAAGAUUGCCCCAGCUGAGAGCCCAGAUGUCACUGAAAGGAUGGUCAUCAUUACUGGAACUCCAGAAGCUCAGUUUAAGGCCCAGGGCCGGAUAUUUGGGAAGCUGAAAGAGGAGAACUUCUUCUCAGCAAAGGAGGAGGUCAAACUGGAGACGCACAUCAAGGUUCCCUCAACUGCAGCUGGCAGGGUCAUCGGCAAAGGUGGCAAGACGGUUAAUGAGCUGCAGAACCUGACGAGUGCAGAGGUCAUCGUACCGCGGGACCAAACUCCUGAUGAGAAUGACGAGGUCUUUGUGAAAAUUAGUGGGCAUUUCUUUGCCAGUCAGACUGCACAGAGGAGGAUUCGGGAGAUCAUUCAACAGGUCAAACAGCAGGAACAGAAGCACCAGCAGGGCGCCGCUGUGUCACCGCACCACUCCAAGUGACAAGCCAGGUGGCUCCAGUGGGCACCAGCCAAUGAAUGUAGCCCUCCCAAAAGGACAGAGACCUACCCAGUUUAAGGCUAAGGCCAAAGGGGACAUGCAGGGCAGACCAGCAGCACCGGGAUCAAAACCAAAGAACUUCACUAGGGGGAAAACAAGUGAGAUCCAAAGGCUGAGGGCAUUGUGUGCACUGCCAGCCCUGUAAGAGCAGAUAGAGUGGGAGAAACCGUACUGAUACAAAAAAAAAAAAAAAAAAUCAUCAUGAAAGGUGGAAAUGGCAAAGAAUAUUUGGAAACUGUUGUCUUAUCAGUUAUAAAAGGUAAAACAGUAAAUCGCCCUGCAUAACGUUAUCUCUUUAGUUGGACUAACAUAGGCAUAACAAACAGAUCGAACAGAUAAAGCAAGUCUAUUAACAUGAAUUUAUUAAAGGCAUUGUGACUGGUGCAUUAAGUUUGAACAAGAGCGAAUGACAAUGAACACCUCCUCUCACAAGCAUUUGAGAAACUUAGUUUGUGGGAAUAAACAUCUUUAGCAGUAUUAAUGCAGAGUAGAAAAAUAUAUUGAUACACACAGAGUAUGCACUGUUAUUUUUCUAUUAAAACGACAGUACAGCUUAGUGUUUUUAAUGUUUAGCUUGUUCCAGAGAUUGGGCUGUGACAGCCACAUAAAGCGGUUUCCCUGGUUUGUACUGUUUUAGGCCACUGAAAUCAAAAACAGAAAACCCCUAUAAGUAAAUACUGUAUGGUGAAUGGUUCUGAGUCUUUGUAGGAAGCCUGUGUGUGUGCCAACGCAAAAGAUAACGUCCCUUUCCAAUGUCUCUCACCAUUCAUAUCUGCUGCUUUGCUCUUUUUAUAUCUUUUCCUUUUUUUCUGCUAAUUUCUGCUUCACUUCCUCUUCACUCUCUCAUCUGGCAUUGUAGUUUUUUUUUAAAGGUUGAGAAUAUUUGUUGUCUAGAAACACAUUUUUUCGUAGCCUUUUGAUAACAUUUAACUGACUGCCACUUUUGUUCAAGAGAGGUUAAACGCAACAGAGGGAUUUUUUUCUCUUUAAACUAGUGUCAUUAUUCAAUGCUGAACAGCAGACAAUGUCUAAACCCAUGUUUGUCGUGAUUUUUUUUGGGAGGGGGGGGGGGGGGUGUCAGUUAAUGCACUCUUCUUGACAAACAGAGCAAAAAUCGACGUCUUAAAAAACGUGGUGCAUCUUUGCUUUUUUCUAUUUUGUGCACCAUCACACGCUCUGCCUUAUGAGGACGUCACAAAGGCCAACACAUGGUGUGAGCUGAGGGCCCAGAAAGGGGGACAGGGUUAAGGGGAAGGUUGAGAUGGCGCCGACUCAGUAUUUUAGGGUGGCGUGAAAAGCUGUUGAGCUGUUGAGUGAGAGGGUUUGGGAGGAAGGGAGGUUAUAGAGAGGCACUGUAUGACCUGUGGUACACACACAACCGCAAACGUGACCGCAGCUGCGUUUGGCUUUAACCUGCUCUUGUCAGGGAGCUUUAUAAAAAAGGCAAGACAGCUGUGAAUGUAUGACAUGCAGCCUUUUUUUUCUUUCUUUUUUUAAAGAAAAUAUUACCCCUGCAGUGUCCAGCAGGCCGGCCCAGCAGCAUGCAAAACACAGAUUGUCAUACUCAUUUUCACUCUUUUUAUUCAACUUUGCUUUUUGCGGUUUGAUUAUUGGCGAGCUGGCCGACCACUGUGUGAACACGCUGGACACGUGGGUCCUGGUGCCCCUUUGUGCUUUACUUCGGAGACAGUGGAAGUUUGUUGCCUUAUUUUGUCACCUCUUGGACAUCACCCAUCAGCUUCAUCUUCCAGGCACAAGGUUAUUGCCAAUACAGCUUCCUCCAUGUGUGUCUGUGUGUGUGCGUGUGUGUCUGUAUAUAUAUAUGAAAAAGAGAGAAUAAUAUUUAUGAAUCUAUUUUUUCCUAUUUUGUGAUGAGAGAUAUUGAUAAGAAACAAAAAGAAACAAAGUCCUUUUCUUUUUUUCCUCAGUGGGACACUGCCAUAUUAUUUAGAAGGGAAGUGUUUAUUUUCUUGAAAACUAGACUAUGAAUAAUAAUAAUAAUAAUAUAAAUAAAAACCUGAAAAAAUAGGAGAACAGUAAAGUGAACCACCGCGUUAACUUUGGUCAGGAUGUGAACAGUGCGCAUGACAGUAUUGUGAUCUACCUCAGGCUUCAGGGUACCUCAGUCCAAUCUUUCAUUUCCCCUUUUUCCACAUUUUGUAUGCCUUCUUAACUGAUCAUUUUGAGCGUUUUUAAUUUCCUUUUUUAAUGAAAAAAAAUUAAGAAAAGAUCUACAGUAAACUCUACACUCUUCAGGUUCAGCCGACUAGUGAAACUUUGUAAACCGUAGUCAACUCUGUUGGACUGUGUUUGCCUGGAUGCCAUACAACCUCUUAAUGACAGCGCAUAAAAGGAUUUUCAAUUUGUUAAAAAAAAAAAAAAAAAAAAAAAAAAGGAAUGAAGAGCAGGAUCUAAGGGGUACAUACAUACCUGCCCAACGUGGUUCUGAAUGUGGAUGCUGUGUACUGAUUUCACCAUCUGAGAAAGACAAGAAGAAACAAAUUAGUUGAUAGAAAAAUAAACUAACCAACUGUACCUCCUGUUUGACCCUACUGUACCUCCAGGUUUUUUGAGACUUUAAAAGAAUAACUAUAAAAUCUAUUCAUGUGUGGGAGAGAAAAAAAACAACUUUUAUUACAAUCCAAACUAAUCUUACCAGCUUUGUUUUAUAACAGCACACUCUGGGGUUGAUUUGAAGAAAACAAGAAGCUGCAAAAAUACACUGAUAGGACUAUUAACGUGGUGUAAAGCCCUAGUCUUCUGUGUAGAAUGUAGAACAACUCUAGUCGUUGAACUGUCACUGUGUACAACAAAAAACAAAAACAAACAAAAAAAAACCAACUGUAUAUCUGUAAGCAUGUACAA